AUGGGUUCCUACAGUACAUCGUCAUGUCAGCGUGGUCCGAAACCCGGCGGGAGCUCUAGUUCGACUAACAGUGAUGCCUCGGACCGUUCGAAAAGCACGGUCCCUACAAUCUACAGCGAUCGACCCACCCCCAUGACGGGGGUAGCGAUGGCGUUUGAUGGGGAAGACGACCCCAAAGCCUCGGUUACCACCUACACGUCCACCAACCCAUCCGUGGAUGACCUUCCCGAGCCGCCGCGCUACCAAGUAACCGACCGUAAGCUCGACAUCUUCUCUCCGGAUGUCAUUCCGUCGAGUCCCUCAACUUUCGGGCAAUUAUUCCCCUCGUCGCGACGGCUUCUCGUCCGACAUGACGAUGCGACGCUCGAUGGCAACAUGAACCUGCGGGUCGAUACCAUGGUCCCGCAACGAGGGGGUUACCAGCAAGACGUGACCUUGUUCCAUCUCCGCAUGUAUGAUCUGUUCUCGCGAAAAUUCUCGUUCCGCCGCUAUAGUCGCGAUUCGGGACGCGAAGUGUGCCACUCAGAGCGGAGACCCGUGGCAGGCUCUGACAGGCAUCCAGUCUUCCGUCGGUCAUGGAGCAGCGUCUUGGCUAGCUUGCGACCUGGGUCGAGUGGGCAUGGAUCCAUGCCAGUUGCCGAGCAUAGACGCCAGGACUCGGGAUACAAAUUAGCGGAAGUUGAAGACGAAGAUUGGGAGGACAAACACAUAGAGCCCAAGACUGGUGCGGAUCGCUAUCAAUGUGUACUGGCCGAGAGCACGUUGCUGGAAUUUUCCAACUACGCUCAUGUAGAACUGAGACGGCGAGGUGCUGGGCAAUCGAGGCGAUAUGAGUUUGAGUAUUGGUCCACGAGAUAUCAAUGGAGACGGGAGUGUCGAAAAGAUGGCGACCUGCGGGAAUUGUCGUAUCACCUGAUCAACAUGCGCACCUCCAAGCCUGUCGCCCAUGUUGUACCCGAGAUCCUGACUCCUAUGGAAGCUGUCGAGGAGGAGCGCAAGGGUGGAUGGGUUCCUCCCUCCUCCAUGUGGAUCAGUGACCCGUCAGUGUAUGAGAAGAUGCCUGACGUUGCCGAUGUGAUUGUUGCCACAGGCUUAGUGGCGCUAGUCGAUGACUGCAUUUGCCGGAAAUGGCAUUCGAAAAAGCAUUCGCAACACAUUCAUCCCGUGCGGUCGACGUUGUCGAAGAGCAUCGAGCUCAUGGGUCCCCGGCGGUUCCUCGAUGAGGUGUUCCAUCGACGGGGAUCAGCCUGA